GAUUGCUUCACUUCGAGACUCUCACCAUACACAAUACAAAUAUGAGCUGGUUACCGGAAACGAUUUUGGGAAAGUGGCUAUUGUUGGUAGGAACGAUUGCUACCUUUAGUGGCUUACAGAGUAUCGCAGAUACGGCAGUCAAUCGAAAGGUCUACACCAAAGCGGGCGCUUCAAUCACUCCGUUGUCUGCUAGAUUAUUUGGCGUUUGGAACAUCUUGAGCGCUGUGAUCCGGGUCAAAUGUGCAUACGACCUAAAGAAUGAAAGUGUUUAUCAACUGACAAUGUUUACCUUUGCAUUGGCUUUGGCACACUUUUCGUCCGAAGUAUUUGUCUACAAGACUGCUACUCUCAAUUCUCCCGGUACGAUCAGCCCUUUCAUCGUGGCAUCAUCAAGUUUCUUGGCAAUGGCAGUGCAAUACCACAAUUAUGCCCUGUAGUUUUAUAUGGAGAUGACAAAUGCAAAGAUACUGUGAACGUUCUUGGGGAAUGUAACCUACGUGAUGAGUUCGUGCCUUGAUUAAUGAUUCGCAAUAGCAGUACGAGUACUUGGUAAUAGAACAGAAGGUGCGGGGAGUUUAAGAUGCGAGUUUACUGUGG